GUCCACACCGAACAAAAAUCCCCUCCUCCCUCUUCUCUUUCCAGCAUCGGAUUCCCCCACCGCCUCCCCAACUCUCACUCUCCACCGCCUCCCGCCGCCACCGCUACCGCAAAAAUGGCUGAUGAAACCGACGUCGCGCCUCCCCCACCGCUUCUUGCAGCGGCAUCGGAGGUGCCACCAGAGACGGCGGCGCCACCCGAGACGGCGGCAUCGGAGGAAGUUCUGACUGUGCUGGACGUCGCUCCGCCGGUGACUGAGAAGGAGGUCUCGCCGCACAAACCGUCUCCUCCGCCCGAGGAGGUGGUGGCUGUGGUCGAUUCGGAGAAGAAAGUGCCUCAGAAUCUGGUGUCGUUCAAGGAGGAGAGCAACAGACUGGCGGAUCUCAGCGAAUCGGAGAGAAGGGCGCUGGAGGAGUUGAAGCAGUCGGUGCAAGAAGCCCUCAGAAAUGGGAUUUUCACUUCACAACCACAGCCACCACCGCCGCCUCCACCGCCUCAAUCAGCAGAAAAACCACCUGAGAAAAUCGAGGAAGCUUCUGAAAAAAGGGAACCAAACCCAGUUGCAGAAUCGGAAAUCAGCACCCAAGAAGAGAGUGCUAAAGAUGAAAAUGUGAAACCCACACCAAACCCAACAAUUGAAUCCAUUCUCAAGCACGAAAGCCCAACUCAAGAGGAUGUGUCCAUCUGGGGGAUUCCACUGCUGAAAGACGAGAGAAGCGAUAUGAUUCUUCUCAAAUUUCUGAGGGCGAGAGAGUUCAAGGUGAAGGAAGCUUUCGCCAUGCUCAAAAACACCAUCUUUUGGAGGAAAGAGUUUGGCAUUGACGCAUUGGUGGAUGAUGAUUUGGGUGAGCACUUGGAGAAGGUGGUGUUCAUGCAUGGUUUUGACAGAGAUGGCCACCCAGUGUGUUACAAUGUGUAUGGGGAGUUUCAGAACAAAGAAUUGUACCAGAAGACGUUUUCUGAUGAAGAGAAGAGGAUGAAGUUCCUGAGAUGGAGGAUUCAGUUCUUGGAAAGGAGUAUCAGGAAGCUUGAUUUCACCCCUGGCGGCGUCAACACUAUCUUUCAGGUUAAUGAUCUCAAGAAUUCUCCCGGACCCGGAAAAUGGGAGCUUAGGCAAGCCACCAAACAGGCCCUCCAGCUGCUGCAGGACAAUUACCCUGAAUUCGUUGCUAAACAGGUGUUCAUCAAUGUUCCUUGGUGGUAUCUCGCAUUCUAUAUGAUGAUCAGUCCAUUCUUGACUCAGAGGACCAAGAGCAAGUUUGUAUUUGCAAGCCCAGCCAAAUCUGCCCAAACCCUUUUCAAAUACAUAUCUCCUGAGCAAGUACCAAUUCAGUAUGGUGGAUUGAGUGUGGACUACUGUGAUUGCAACCCUGAUUUCGGUAUUGCUGAUCCAGUCACCGAGAUUACUGUGAAACCAUCAACCAAGCAAACAGUGGAAAUAUUAGUUUCUGAGCAAUGCGUUAUUGUAUGGGAGGUCAGGGUAGUUGGGUGGGAGGUUGCCUACGGAGCUGAGUUCAUUCCUGAUGCUGAAGAUGAGUAUACCGUGGUUGUACAGAAGGCAACAAAGAUGGCCCCAACUGAUGAUCCAGUAGUGUGUAACAGUUUCAAAAUCAAGGAACUCGGGAAGAUAGUGAUCACUAUUGAUAACCCAACAUCAAAGAAGAAGAAGCUUCUCUAUAGGUUCAAGGUCAAACCCUACUCCAAUUGAGGAUCCGGAAGCAGUCAUAAGGGUUUUGAGUUGGUUUGCAAGCUUUAGGAAACGCAACAACAGUAAGAAGCUUGACCAGUCAUUAAUGUUCCUGCAUCAUUAUGAUUGAAGAUGUAAAUUGGGUUCUUCUAUCUAUGCAUAGAAGUCCCCAUACCAGAGUUUCUUGGGUUUACAUUGUUGUAAGUUUGGGGAUUCAGUCAUUUUUCUUCCUCUCGCCUUUUUGAUUGUUUUAUUUUUUUUUAAUCUUUUUUAUGUUUGGGUGGACACAUUUGUGGUUGGCCAAGAGAUUAGUGUGAGUGAACCGAUGCAUGUGUGGAGAAAAUUUUGGCUCUAAUACUGUUGUAUGUGCUUGUAUUGGCGUUCCCUUCUAUGUAUAUUUUGCUCUUACAUGGAUGGCUAUUUAUCGACAUCAAUUUGACCCUA